AUGGGUGGAAACGUCAGCAGUUGUAUCGAGUCGGGGCCGGUCUACGCGUUGUUCCAGGCGGUACGACAAGGAGAUCUCCGCGCCAUCAAGUUCCGACUGGAUCUGGAUCCCGAGCUCCUCAGCUACCGAAGCCCGUUAGCUACUGCGGCGGCGGCUGCGGCUGCUGCGGACACCGAGGCGGUGCUGGAGGCUCUUGCGGCUCACGCAGGUCCCCCCCCGGAGGGGGAGGCAGUAGCGCCAACAACACCAGCAGCAACAGCAGUAGGGGCAACGGCAGUCACGGGACGAGCAGGAGGACGAGCAGGAGGACGAGCAGCGCACCUGCGGGUGUUGCUGAACCUUGGGAACGACCGAGGACAGACGCCCCUGAUGUACGCCGCACAGUCCGGUCACGUGGCAGCGGUUAGGUGGUUGUUGAGCAGGGGAGCGGAUCCCUGGGCUCGAGACCGUUGCGGAAAGAGAACCGCCCUCCACUACUCGGCCAUGCGGGUGUGCGGGGGGUCUGGGAGGGCGGGGGCCGCUUGGAAUGCAUCCGCGCGCUUCUGGAUGUCUGGGAAAACACACCGGAGCUGUACAGAUAUAAAUGUACGGAUUAUCCCCUUGGACCUCGACAGGUACAUCGAGGUGGGAUCCAUUUCCGGACUGACUCCCUUGCACUACGCGGUGGCGAUGCGACAGGCCGAUGCCGUACGGCUGCUUCUGGAGAGGGGAGCAGACCUCCGGGCCGUGAAUACGAUCGGCUACGCGUACGACCUAGUCAACGUUCCCCUUCGGUCAACGCCGCUUCACGUGGCGGGUAUGCUUAACGAACUGCCGUGCGCUCUCGUAAUGCUGCAGUACUACCAACACCACCUUGCUGGCCCCAACUUCCUAGACCCUCGACGACGGGUGGAUGCCCUGGGGAGAACGCCGCACAGGGUUGCGGCGUCUCGCGGCCACACCGGGCUAAUUGCGGAGCUGCUGCAUCCCGCCGCCAACCUGGAGGCGAUUUUCUCCAGGGAGGGAGGCCCCGGCGGAGGAGGCGCGGGUACGGCAGCGGCGGCGGGCGUGCCGCGUCUGGCAGCGCUGGCAGCGGCGGUUGUACGGCAGCAGUUGGUGGAGGAUGUGGAGCGUGCGGAGAAGGUCAUUCUGAACUUCCGACGGCGGCAGAACCCCCCUGGCUGCCCAUCACCCGAACAGCUGGUCAAGGCUCAAUUAGCAACACCCCUGCCGGAUCCAAAUCCAAAUUUAAAUCCAUAUUUAAAUUCAGGACUGGUAAUCACCGCUGCCGCCGAUGACGGCGUCUCCGCCAGGCCGUACACAGCUCCAGCAGCAGCAGCGGCAGUAGCGGCAGGGUUGGAAGUGGAAGGCGAGCUCGCGGAGGCGGAGGUUGCACUGUGGGAUCGGCAAGGUACCGGCCCGUCGCUGCGCCUGAAGGGCCUUGCGUGCUCACCGCCGCCACUACAGCCACGGCCGCCGCCGCCACCGCCGCCGUCGGAACAGCCGACAGCGGGUGAGGGGUGCUGCGGCUCUGAAUCGUCACCGCCGCCGCCGCCGCCCCCGCCGCCGCCGCCGCCGCCGCAGCAGCAAUUACAGUCAUCAGAGGCGAGGGUUGACCCUCAGCCGCGGCCGGGUAGUCGAAGGGGCAGCCGCGGCGACAUACCACAGCUGCUACUGCCGCCGCUGCGCAUGACGUUGCCCGCGGCCUCCGCCGCCACCAGCGUCGUCAACGUCAGCCCCUGCCUCGUCGCCGAAGGUGUACGACAGAGCCUCCGGCGUCUCAGUUGCGGCCCUCAAGCCCCUCAGACCCCGCAGGGCCGUCCCAGCCCGGGUGCAGUGGUGGCAGGAGCCUGCCGUACAACCUCAUGCCUGACGACAAGGUGCCCCUCCAGUACGAACGGACGACCAUCGCUGUCGUCGUCUGCGGCGCCGCCGGCCCCGGCCCCGGACCCUGACGGUCAGCUGCUGGCCGUACUGACAACAACGUCAUCGACGGAACCCGCGACGGCGGCAGUAGCUGCCUCCGCCACCGCCUCCGCCACCGCCACCGCCACCGGCGGCAGCAGCUGUUGUGCGUUACGCCAUCCAGGUCUCUUCGUCCGUCGCUCCGCAGGCUAUGUGGAGAGCGCGUUCUCCCGUGCGCCGCUACUACCGCUAGCACAAUGUGCGGUGUGCCUGGAGGAAUGCUACAGCCUGGUGGUUGAACCUUGCCAUCACCGGCUGUGCGGUAACUGCGCACGCGACGUGACGGCGGCGGCUGCGGAGAUGCCGCUGACGUGUCCGGUGUGUCGGCUGGUGGUGUGUCAGUUUACGAGUCCGGUGUGCUGA